CCUCGGCCGCCGCCGUUCGUGACCAAUCUCGAUGCUGGCACACACAUGUGAUGAACUUUUUUUUAAAUAGUGCAGUGGCAUUCCAUUUUUAAAUAUUUGAAUACGUUUCAUUUUUGUGGCGCCAAAAUGGGUUCCCACGACAUUCCAGCCCGACGGCGACUGUAGGCCUUGCCAGGUGUUAUCCAAAUCGCAGGAUGUUUUCCCUAUGUCGGCGGUACAAAGAUGAACACGAACAUGGCGGUACACAGAUCAAGGGUGGCUACAUGCUACGCUACAAACGGAAAUACUUGUGGAACUCCUGGUCAGAAGAAUGGGUGGUAUUGUACGACGACUCAACAAUGGCAUGGUUUAAGGACGCAUCAGGAAAAUAUAUGGCAACACAGAAACACCUCGUGAAGGAGAGUCCAGAGAUGCUGGCCAUCGCGAACUGGACGGGGCAGGUGCCGCGGCGGCCCACCUUGCCCCCGGGGGCGCGGCUCUCACAGCUGAUGGCAUUAGGCUCCAGGCGGGACCCUGGACAGGUCGUGUGGAUGUUGGCCAAAUCUGACACCGAGAUGAAGGAAUGGAUGCAAGCAAUAUCAAAAACGCUCCCUCCACCGCCACAAAUCGAGCUUGUCAUGUCAAUGCCAUAUCUACGAACAGCAUUCAAGCGACCAACGGUCAGAGUAAGACCAACACCUUCAGAUGUGUACUCUAGAAGUGGUCGGAACACAGUCGGCGCGCUAGACGGCCGCGGGCUGGUUGCAGUCAUCAAGAGGCAGGUGCCGCUGGCUGGGCAACUGGGGCACGAGCUGGCCUGGGGCCAGGGGUGGGGAUGGGUCACGUUGCCAAACGGCGUUUGGAGUGGACGCUUGACCUGGUCGCAAGAAGGCGAAGACUUCGCGCUGCACGCUAUGCCAAUAAUGCAUCACACAAACGUCUCCCAAGCUUGCUCCAUGCUGGACGGAGUGACUGCAUAUGAGGCUUCAGCUUACGAACAAGCGUUGGCUGAAUAUGACGAUACGGCGGCCACAUCGGACGAUUGGGACUUCGGAGUCGACUGCGGGGACUUUAUGAUGUAAACGAUAUUAAAACUUUUCUUUUUGAAUUUUAAGUUCAUUUCACAUUACGUGCUGAUUUGGAAAAGGGACAUUGAACAAAUUAAAAUAUGAUAAAUUAUAGCAGACAAUUUGUUAAUAGCCUGAGCAACCUAGAUGAUACAAACAAAGCGAGUAUUUGAACAAUCGUGAUUUAUUUGACAUGCUUAGAAUGAAAUGUUAAAGAUAUGUUACAUCUGGAAUAAUUUCAAUACUUAUAAUAACUUUAUUAUUCAGAUAUUAAACAAAUAAUCUUUGGUAACAUCAGCCGCUUAUCUGAUUUGAUACAAAACAAAAUUGAAUUUUGUGAGUCAUAUUAUCAUCAUCAAAGCCUCUUCCAAUCAGCACUUCGAGCAUAUUUAAAGACCUACAAAGACAAACUGUAGAGUCUACUCAGUAUUAUUUAAAAUCAUUAGAAAUUUAAAUUUCGAAGACAUUAAGCAAAAAGAAUGCAUUUAAAUUAUUUUAUAUUUACUGAUUAAGUUUUUUUUUUUUUUUGUUAAAGAAACACUAGACAAACUUCUAUACUGCUUAUUGUGAAAUAUGUUUUAUACUUUUUCUUUGGAAACGAACUAAAGUAAUUUUAUUUGUUUCCAAAGAGAUAAUAUUUUUUCUUCGUGUUUCUUUAAAAUAACUUUAUUAUACGAUCGGAGUGCAAUAAAGUGUCUAGACGAGUAAAAUCUACAGUUUUGAUUUGUACUUUUUGUUCAAUACAAAAAUGCUGAUGUUCAUUCAUUCACGGACAAUUCAUUGCUCAAAAUUAGACGAGUGAUAUUGUGCUGGUCACGAUAAAAUGAUGUGCCAAUUAUAAUGAUGUUUCUACAAAUGUGUAAACAACGCAUCUUAUGAAUUUUGUAUUUGUCAGUAGAUUGAGAACAGUACUAGGGGUACAACUCAAUAGAUCUACGUUGACACCAUACUGACAUAUUAACAUACUUCCCCUCUAUGCAAAAUACAUUUCGGUUAUUGCGAUAGCUAGUAGAAAAGUCCAUAUGGGGCCGUAGGUACUAUUCUUAAUCUAUGACCCUAAUUGUAGUCCAAAUAGAAUAGUGGUACCACAGAUAAUAUAAUACUAUUGGUAGUACUUAAUCUGUGGUCCAAUUGUAUGGAGAUAAUCAGUAAUAGUAAAAUAUUGAAAUUAGCUUUUAUAGCUUAUAUCAAUCAUGUGUCAAUUCCAUACAUUUAUCCCCUUGUUCAUACAAAUACCAAUCAUCUAAUAAACAUAUUAUAGCUCUUCUGUGUCUUAGCUAUUGAUUAAGGUAGAUUGACCUUUUUUCUUGAGCUAAAUUCUUAAUUUAAAAAGUGAUAAUUCACAUAUAUACUUGGAAUGCGAUUUCAGGUUUUAUGAAUAAGAGGUUAGACUUUUCUACUAUCAAUAUCGCUAAAAUGUACUUUGUGUAGAGGACCUAACACAUCCACGCCGCAGUCUGUGGUAGUGAAAUGAUAAAAAUAUUAAGAUUGAGUUACAAUAAAAACCGACUUCAAUUGUGGUAAAACCGGUUAUUUUCAUGUAAAAUUUAAACUACUCGAUUGAUUUUGAUAAAACGUCUAUAUGAAAAAUCUGUAUAAUAUCCAUUAAGAUAAGAAAGGAUUUUCCAAAUCGGUUUACACCUGACAGAGUUAUGAGGUAACAAACAAAAAAAAAUACAACCAAACGAAAGAAGGUACUCAUUCUUUUUAAAUGACACGUUAACAUUAAGCAAUUAAAAAAACAAUGCACUUGUAAUUGAUAAUGCGUAAUGUUUUAAUAUUACAGAGUACUUUUGUAUAUCCUAAUUUGAGUAAUGUAAUAUUAGUAUUUAGUUUUGAGUAGUUAAGAUUUGAUCUUUCAGAUACUGUUUCAGUUAGCAGAAGUUCUCAAUUGGCAUGUAUUUUUUUUUUUUGUAUGUUUCUUACUUUAUAAUUUUUUAAUUUAUAAACCAAUUUGGAAAAUUCUUUUCUUCUUUAUAUGAAAGGAUAUACUUUCAGAUUGGCCCCAUAGAAAUUUUAUCGAAAUUGGUACAGUUGUUUAGUUUUUAAAUCAAAAUAACUGGUUUAGUCACAAUUAAAGUCUACUUUUUUUUUGAGGAAACAAUUCUUAAAUUCCCUUUAUAUUACUAAAGCUAGUGUGCAAGAAAACAUAGACAUUUAAAAUUUUUAAAUGGAGAUGUCAACAUAUUCAAUAUAUUUCGCAGUAGGGCAAAUUUAUUAGAUUUUUACUACCACAGUCUGCAGUGACUCGGUGUGCUUAGAAUUACUGCAAUCGAAAAUGAACUUUAAUGUUUAUAAAACAAAACUCAAUACACUAAUAGUUGCAUGCUCUAAAGUAGUAACUGUAUGUAUGUCAUAGAAAAGAUGUGUGUAGCCAUGAAACUGUUUAGAUCUUUAAGUUGUACGGCCUAUACAGCUUAGAUUAGUGUUAGCAAAUGAUGUCGAACCACUGGAGGGACUAACUCCAAUUUCUUCAACCCUUUCUAUACUGUGUACUCUUUAUAUUUGGUAUAAUAUUUGAUAAAAAAAAGUUUCCUGCAAAGCAAAAUUUGAUGGUAAUAGGGCUGAUGUAAGGCAAUAAAGUGAAAACAAUUUUCAGUAUUUUUUUAUAUAAUUUCUAUUGAAGUAACAAUACAUUACUUAAUAAUCAUCCUAGUACAUAAUUUAAAAAUACAGUAAACUCGCCAGACACAAUUUAAAACAGCAUGCAAUAUCUAACAGCUAAAACAUUCUUAGUAACAAAAAAAAAAUGCAUCUGAAAAGAUAGAUACUUCAAAAAAACUAAUUUGAAUUUUAGAAACGAUAAUCUUGUUCAUACAAGGUCGUUAAUUUUAGUUUACCAUUGCCAGAUACUUAGUAAAAAAUUAUAAUAUUUUUUUAUGACUACUAAAUCAUUCGGUGUUCUCAUAAUGAAUUCUUACAAAUAUCAUUAAAGACUUAAAAAUGCUGGUUCUAUUAUCAUCAGGUUUAUUAUUUUUUUAAUAAGAAUGGUACAUUCAUUAAAUUUUUCACUUUACACAAAACAUUUUGACAUGUUAUUAAACUGUUAUCUCAAUUUGGAAACGAUGUCUUUGUGAAAACAUUUUCGAAUCCUUUACUCGACACUUUCAGGGUAAUUCAGCUUAUAUUGUCAUAAAACUUUGAAAUUUAUACUCGUGUCUUGGAGACAUAAAUAGAUCGGGUAAAGCGAAAAUUUAUUGGAAUUAUUUAUUUUAACAUUUCGCUAUGGGUCAAUACUUACACUUAUAUUUUGUGAGAAAAGAACGUAGUAAGCCUUAGUAAUAUAAUUUGUAUUAACAUAAUUAUAUAUUCAAAAUAAUUACAAUAACCGUAGAAAUGAUUAACAUUCUACCCAAAUCUUUGUAAAAGAACCCUCAGUAAUAAAUAUUAUAUAAUUAUUAAAAACAGUCUGUAAUUGUAAAUUAUUUGAUAAAAAAACAUCUGGAAUACAAUCCAAAAUUGAUAAUUCUGUAAUACGGUGCACUCAAAUACGAGUCAAUUUAAAAAUGUAUUAAAAAAAACUGCGAACAUAACAUUUUGAGAAUAUUGAAGUUGUUCUAUGGAAAAUAAAAUUUACUUGUUUUAAAAAUGCCUCAAAUGUGAAAAAACAAAAUUUGAAAACGUUUAAAACGAAAUUAAAUGUAAGUAUUUUCCCCUAAAAUAAUCGAUGACCCCUUAUUGAUAGUGACACCAAUAGCAACAGAGAAAUAAUUGUAAUCUACUCGUAAACAUGUGAAUGAUUCGUAUUCUAGACGUAAGUUACUCAAUUUGGUGUUAGUAUGUAGUGAAUGUGGUCGGUAGAGUACCGUUUGUCUGAUUGAAACAGCCAAUAAAAAAAAAAAACAUUUGAAGAUCUUUUAAAAAUAAACAUGUCGAUAAACAAUAUUUUUUAUUUUAUUUUUUGACUAAUAUUUUUUUAUACUUGCAUUAAAGACUAAUUCCUUUGAUAAAAUUAACAUAAUAGUAAUUUGUCAAUUAAAUUAUAAAUAUAUAAAAAAAAUUGUCAGGCAUUUAGUAAGCUUAACGAUCCUGGUUAUACUAGGUUAGAUACGAUAAAACCAGGCAACAAAGUACUUAUUUGAAGUUACAAGUACAUCGUAACAUCCGAAUCGGAGCAAAUUUUGUUCCAUAAAAAGAUAACGUAAAAUAAAAAUAAAGUUGCCUAAAUAGUUUUUACUUUUUAUACCGACGUAAUACGUAAAUGACGGAUACUAUUUUGAAAGCAAUCUAUAUAAAAAAAAGCUUAUGGUUUAUUAAACAAUAGAAAACUUAAUAAGGAAUGGAAAACAUGGAAACUAUAUGACAAAUUGUAACCAUGUCGCCUAUAAAAACAUUACAGAAUAUACUGUUGCAUAUUAUAAAGUAUUCAUAAAUAACAUCGAUAUUUAUUUCUAAAAGGUCUUUUAACACCCAAAAUUUUAACCAACGUUUUGGCAUAGCGUCAAUAUAUUUAGGUGUGGUAUUGUAAAUUAGUACAAUUAAUAAAAAAUAUAUAUAUAUCUAGUUGCUAUAAAAUCUUCCGACCUACCCAAAGACUGCCUAACGUUAUUAUUACCUGUGCCGUCAGUCUCAACAUGGACAAUGAUCGAUUAUCGAUCGAUUUCGGUCGUUCAAUCGUACCUAAUAGUUCGUUUACACACUCGCGUCAAAUGUGUGUAAAAAGUACACGUUACACUAUAGAAUAAAUUUAUAUUUCUAUUAACUUUUACUUACAACAUAUGCGCAUAAAUUUUGGAAAUAUAUAAUUACCUCAAAAACGACUUAUCAAGAUAAAACAUUUAACAAACAAAUUUUAACCUACAUCUUCAGAAAUAUAACUCUGAAAAAUACAUCCAAUUUGAUGUAUUAGACGCCGAAAUAAACAUACAAACAAUAAAAAGGACAAAAAUAAAAAAUAAAAUAUAUUAUUUUGGCCAUUAUAGUUGCUAUUAGGAUCCCUCGUAUAAUUUUUUCCUUAAAUAUCUUCUAACAAUAUCAUAUAUAAGACAGCAUUUAUUUAUAAUUUUAUAACAAUUAUUGUAAGAUGGUAUAAACAGUGUCAGGGCGAAUCUUGUUUUAUUUUCAUCUCGCGACUUGUACAUAAGCUAUUAGAUUCGAUUUAACGACCGAAAUCGACUGGUAAACGAUCGCUGUGUAUGUAGAAACUGCCGGCACUGAUACCCGUGUUGUGUGUACCCUAAGCAUGGUAAUCGCGAUAGAACCCUGGCCCCGCGAGCAUGCUACAUUGCAAGUGAUUAUUAAUAACUUAAAAAAAUAAUUCACAGUGGGUGUGGAUUUUUUAUAUUUUUUUCGUCUAUACUUUACGCGAUAUUUCGCCAAUUACAUGAAUCGAUUUUUUGAUUAUUUAAUUUUUAUCUUGAUUGUUUUUUUUUUUGUGGAAUAAAAUUUCAAAUAUUAGCAAUCCUUACAGAUAAAAUUUUAUUGCAUUUUCCAUCUUUCUUUUUAUAUAACUUUUACGCCCUCGAUGUGUUCAUAGAAUUGAAUUAAUGAUUUUAUUUGGAAAUCUUGCAAUGUAGCAAUAUUUGUCGUAGUAGGUAAUUAAAUUACGGUGUAAUCCCUACGAAAUUAGUGUAAUUAAUUAGUCGUCUUAUUUUAAGCGGUGUAACGUUUAUUAUUAAAAAACAUUUAAUUGUUUUUCCUUGGUUUUUACUGAUGCCAUAGAAAUAAAAGGAGACCGCAUUAUUAGAUGUAGUAGCAAAGUUACUGCCUUUCUACAACUUGGUACUUUUACAAGGAAUUAUCCUAUAGGAUACUUAUACAUAAGUUAUAGAAGGAAUUUGAAUUCUUCUCAGAUCAAGUCCCCAAAAUAUACACGCUCAGUUUGUAUAGAAAUAUAGGAAAAUAUAUGGAAAUGUCUAUAUCUGUAUGCGUCCACCUCCUUUAAUUUCUAUGCUUAAUACGAAAAAAAUCCUUUUUUAAACACCUAAUUUAUUCAUAAAUAUUUCGGGUCAAUGAGUUUCUUUAAAAGAUAUUUUACUAGUAAAAAAAUAUAAUUAUCACAAAAUAACCAUAAAAUGUUUAUUAUCAGUUCAUUAUUACAUUAUUUUAAUCAAAUUUUAUGCAAUGUUUUUAGUAUUGGUACAUACCAAUUGCAUGAAAUUUAUUAUUGUUUAAUUAUAAAUUCGGAAAAGAUAUUUUUAUUUUUUUGACCAUAACUGUGAUUUGGUUUUUCUUAUUAAAUAACUGCCAUAAAAUGUACCCGUAGGUUUUUCCAUUUAGAUUAAAUUUUAUGUACUUUGCUGUUGUUUGACAUAUUUUAAUUAUAAGUAUAAAAUAUAUUCCAUUUUUUAAUAAUUUAUGUUUUAUAUUAUAAAAAUGUCACGGGUAAAAAUAAUUAAAAUAGUACUUAUUAUAAAUCGUAUUUAUGUUAUUUACUCGUAUUUUAUUUUUAUUAUUAUAGUUAAACAAUUAUUUUAUAAUUAAUUAAUAUUAGUCAGCAAUAAUAUUUAUGGACGCUGGAUUCGUCGAGAUGACAUAUUUUUGUAAGGAAAUGCUUGCAUGUUUAAUUUUAAUGAUAAAUUAUAAUUGUCAAUGUGUUCGUUUAUAUUUAUUAUUUAUAAUGACCACCUAAUAAUAUUAUUAUGAUAUUUUUGUGGAUGCUUGUUCAACGAUCAAAUAAUUUUGUUUGAUCUAAUAGGUACUUUGUUCUAUUUGUCAAAGUUGAUCGUAAGUAUAAUAAAAUUUUUAUUCAAAAUUUAAUCUCAAUUUAUCUAACAUAUUAUUAUUAUAUUAUUAUUUUUUUCUUUUUAACAUACAUAUUAGAUACAGAUAUAUAUAGACUCAAUAUUUAUUUAUAUAAUUUUAUGUAUACAUAAUAUACAUUAUAUUUUUGUAUCUCUAAGAUUGCUGUUUGCAUAUUUUGACAAAUAGAAUAAAAACGCGAGUGUGAAAUUACGGGCGCUGGUAUUAUGUCUCUACCAACACUUUUACUUUGCAUUUAUUCAGAAGUCAUAAAAAAUACAUAAAAUUUUAGUGUAUAGAGCCAAUACACUAAAAUUUAUUUUUUUAAUGUAUUAAUGAGACACUUAAUCUUAUAUGAAAAAAAAAAUUAAUUGUAGACGCGCAUAAUGGACAAGUAUUUCCAAAUUGCGAUUUAUGAGCUGUAGUGUAGUUUGUAUGAUGCUUUGAUAUAUAAUUAGGUACUUACAUAAGUAUAUCUUAAGUUAUAAUAAAAAAUAUAUAAAAUGCGAAACGCAAGUCUCAUUAUAACAUUGAAAUAAGCAAAAAAAAAAAACAUAAAUUAUAAAUUUUUUGUCGUAUACUAGUAGUGCGAUAUAUUACGUAAGUGUUACGAUAUACUACACUAGUUGUACGACAUAUUACACUAGUUGUACGAUGUACUACAUUAGUGGUACGAUAUAUUACACUAGUUAUACGAUUUACUAUAUGUGUAUCCUCAGGAAUGGCAACGCAUGGAAGGUAUCAUCGGCAAAACAAUUUACUCUGUUAUGUCCAUGGUAUUGCUCAUGUCUAUACGCGACGGUUACCGCUUCCCAUCAGGUGGGCCGUCAGCUUGUUGCCAUUCUAAGUUGCAUAAAAAAUACUAUACUCGUAGUACGAUAUACUACACUAGUUGUACGACGUAUUACACUAGUGGUACAAUAUACUACAUUAGUAGUAGAUUAUGCUGCUUUAAUAGAACAUCUGUGAAUUCUGUAACAGUUGAUUUCAAGUAUUAUAUUUUUUUAUAAUAUUAAUAUUUUUAAAUAAUGGAAAAUUUUUAAACUAUUUUUAUUAAUUUUAAUGUUCAGACUCACAAUACCAGCGCGCUGUAUUCUCAACUAACGUUCACAGUAGUGUUAGUUGAUGUGAUGUGGACAUAUGGACAAAUAAGUCGAGUAGUCGUGUGUAGCUAGUCGGCGUCGUGUGUACUUACGUAACGUUACGUUACAUUAUGAUUUACAUGAAGAUAGUGACACAUUACAGAAUAUGAAUGUUUGUAUGUAAAUUUUAUAAAAUAAACACCCAUUGUGUGUGAA